GUGAACAUAGUUGUGGGCACCGGUCAAGGGGUACGUCUGUUCCCCCAACGGGUAUACGAAGUAUCAGUGAUGGAGAAUCAAUUGACUCCACUUCAGUUGAUUGACUUGAACUCGACCGACGAGAUCGCACACAGGACUUCACAUUACAGUAUUGUGGGCACCGAUUAUAGGGGCUUAUUUAAAAUCGGUGCCGAAACGGGACGUCUUGUCGUUACCCGAAGUCUGGAUCGGGAGAAGAAAGAUGUCUAUAAUUUGAAAAUUAGAUCCGAAAAUCUGAUACACCAUAGGGUGGGUCGGGAUGUGAGCAGUCACUCAUCAGAUUCCAACUAUCACUUGGCAUUUGAUGAGACACUAGUGGUGGUCAACGUUCACGACGAGAACGACAAUCCACCCGUCUUUGAGAAUAAGGGCCGACCAAUUGUGGCCGCCGUUCCUCUUGAGGCCGCGUUUGGCUAUCAAGUCGUCAAAUUAACUGCAAAAGAUGCCGACAUAGGAAUUAAUGGUGCGAUUCGUUACGAAAUCCUAGCCCGCGGUGACGACGCGUCAGCCAAGUUCCACAUCGACCCCGUGUCGGGUGUCGUCAGAUCUAUGGUUACCUUCACUAUGGAUGGCGGAAAGCUCUAUGGCUUUGACGUAAAAGCCACUGACAGAGAGGGCAGCGAAACUGGCAAUUCUGCCGUCACUAACAUAUUU